AUGCAAUCGGACGUGGAUGAAGACGAUAUCGUCAAUACAAGUCACCGAACGAGAACGAAAGUGUCGUUUGAGGACGAUGACGAUUAUAACGAGCAAGAUGUAGGUGAUAAAGGCUCUGAUAUAUCUCCUCCUUUGUUGGGAGAAAAGAGAACGACAAGUGAAUCGGAAGAUAGCGUCUCUGUUGGCCAGGAUAGUGUUUCAAGUCGAACAAAGAGACGUCAUCUUAAAGGUCCGGAUUCGGAUAAAGUGGGAAUAGAUGAUAGCCAGCUACCACCAGAGCAACUGAAAGGUAGUAGUGGAGGAUACUCAUGGGAAGAUGAAUAUAGGCGUUCUUGGGAUAUAGUUCAGGAAGAUGAGAGUGGUAGUUUGGAGACUAUAGUAUCAGGUUUGGUGGAAUCGCAAAAGAAGCAGUAUCUAAAGAAUGUUACACCUUUUCAAAGAGGUAUUAUACGAGCCUUGGUGCUUGUAUUGGACUUUUCCAAGGUGAUGAGAGAAAAGGAUCUUCGACCCAAUAGAGCCUCUAUGAUGAUUAGUUACUCUAUUGAUUUUGUAAACGAGUUCUUCGAUCAGAAUCCGAUUUCUCAGCUUAGUAUUGUCAUUAUGAAAAAUGGAUUGGCACAGAUUGUGUCUGAGGUGAGUGGUAACCCUCACGAUCAUAUUGAAGCGUUGAAGAAGUUGAGGAGAAUGGAACCGGAGGGUGAUCCUUCUUUACAAAAUGCCUUGGAGAUGUCUCGAGGUCUCUUAUUGCAUGUAGCGUCUCAUUGUACGCGAGAAGUGUUGAUUAUAUUUGGAGCAUUGUUCACUUCAGACCCUGGAAAUAUUCACAAUACCGUUAAGCAGUUGAUUGCGGAGAAAAUCAGUGUUAGAGUGAUCGGUUUGACUGCCCGGGUGGCAGUCUGCGAUGAACUCUGCAGCUUGACCAAUCACGGCGACUUGAAGUCGUCAUACAAUGUGAUCUUAAACGAGCAUCAUUUCAGAGACUUGUUCAUGGAUGCUGUGACUCCAUUGGCUGUUGCCAAGAGUGAGUCUCGAAAUAAACACGGAUUCACCUUGGUGAAAAUGGGUUUCCCGCAGAGAAUCAGUGAGGAAAACCCCAGUCUAUGUGCAUGCCAUUCUAAAUUGGUCCACGGAGGCUACAUUUGUCCCAAGUGUAAGAGUAAAGUAUGUGUGUUACCGACGGUUUGUCCAUGUUGCGACUUAAUGCUUAUUCUUUCUACACAUCUUGCUCGCUCCUACCAUCAUUUGUUUCCCUUACUGCUCUUUGUCGAAGUUCGUAUUUCCCACUCAUACCCAUCUACUCGAUGCUACGGCUGCCAGGUGGGCUUUCCUAAGGCACUGGAUAUAUCCCAAAAGAAUAAUACGAAUAAGAAAGAGUACCAAACUAGCUCCAGAUAUAGGUGCACUAGUUGCGGUAAAGACUUUUGUAUUGACUGUGAUGUGUUUAUUCACGAAGUUCUACAUAACUGUCCAGGAUGUGAAUCCAACAGCCGCAAGAAAUGA